CAAUCAAAACACGGAGGAGUGAUUAGAGCUCUGAACGGGGCCGAAAUUUGCUGAUAAGAAGACCCCAGAGCAACCAGUCCAGCAGUCCAGAAUGUGCAUGUGAAUAUCAAGUGAAAUUAGCUCCCAAGUUCCUCUCUGUCUCGAAGCCCAAAGGCAGAAUGGAAUAAAACAGGCUGCUAGCUCUAGGUUAGGGCUCGCUUUAGUCCAAAGGAGCGGGUUCAAUCGCAAUUAGCGUCACCUUUCCCAACCAUAAACUUGCGUAAGGUUGACUAACUGAGGUAAGUGGUUCUGCUCCUUUUUUUGUUGACUCGUGAGAUGAGCAAGUAGGACUGAAGAAGCGAAGAAAAAAAGUAGUGUAUUGGGGAAGUCAGGGCACACUUUCAAAAACAGAGGCAUCGGAACAGGCGCCAUGAUGUCAGCCUGCCGAAUGCGUCUCGCGCUGCCAUUGCGGCGCGCGUUUUCUUUUUCUUCCCAGACAGCAAAUGCUCACAAGCCAUGGCGCCCAUCAUCAUUACCCUCAUCGACUCGGGGGUCUCAGUGCGUCUCGACUCCUCGGCGACUCGCGCUCGACCUCUACACGGGCUCAUCCAGGACCUCCCCGCGCGCACUGGUCGCCUACCACACCAGUACCAAACUCCUCUCGACGGCAACGACUGACCCUUCCGAUCCCAUCCCCGGCCCGGAAUACACGCCUCCGCAGACCGGCCUCCUCUCCCUCCUCCCGCGCUCGUGGGUCCCCUACGCCGAGCUCAUCCGCCUCGACAAGCCGACGGGGUCCUACUACCUCUUCUUCCCCUGCGUCUUCUCGACCCUCCUCGCGGCCCCGCUCGCGGCGCCCGUGACGCCGCCGCCGACGGUGCUCGGCACGUCCCUCCUCUUCCUGGCCGGCGCCGUCGUGAUGCGCGGCGCGGGCUGCACCAUCAACGACCUCUGGGACCGAAACCUGGACCCGCACGUGGCGCGCACGCGGCUGCGCCCGAUCGCGCGGGGCGCCGUCACGCCCUUCCGGGGCCUCGUCUUCACCGGCGCGCAGCUGCUCGCGGGGCUCGCCAUCCUGCUGCAGUUCCCGCCCGCGUGCUUCUUCUACGCCACGCCCAGCCUGCUCCUCGUCGCCACCUACCCGCUGGCCAAGCGCGUCACGUACUACCCGCAGUUCGUCCUCGGCCUGACCUUCUCCUGGGGCGCCAUCAUGGGCUUCCCCGCCCUGGGCGUCGACCUGCUGCACAACGGGGCGGCGCAGGCGGCGGCCGCGCUGCUGUACUCGUCCAACGUCGCGUGGACGGUGCUGUACGACAUGAUCUAUGCGCACAUGGAUAUCAAGGACGACGCCAAGGCGGGCAUCAAGAGCAUCGCGCUCAAGCAUGACAAGGAGACGAAGCAGGUGCUUACGGGCCUGGCGCUCACGCAGGUUGCCUUGCUGGCCGGCGCGGGCAUCGCGGCGGGCGCCGGUCCGGCCUUCUUCGUCGGGAGCUGCGGAGGCGCCCUGGUUACGCUCGGCGUCAUGAUCAAGAGGGUCAACCUCAAGAGCGUCAAGGACUGCUGGUGGUGGUUCGUCAACGGCUGCUGGAUCACGGGCGGCGUCAUCACCCUGGGACUGGCGGCCGAUUACCUUGUACGAUAUGCUGAGAGCGACGGUGAGGAGUUGGCGUGAUUGUAUUGGGGGCCUGUUCGAUGGGGCCUGUCUGGUAGAUCCUCAUGUACCAUAAACUUUGUUUAGAAGAUAAAUCCAGCGCCACGACCCGCGCUGAACACCCAGCAUUACAUGACGCCGUUGCCAAACAUGCAAGCAUCUGCUGUUUCGGCUUGAUGAUCUCUUAUUUUCGGACCAUGUCUACCGUAAGUGCCCAGAUUCCCCAACCUGGUGGAAUGCCAAUGUAAGAAUGCCUCGCAGACUCCUCAUGCCGAACUGACGCCAUUUUUUUCGUGCGCUCCGCAUUUAUGACCUGGGCUUCUCCUUCUUCUCCUUCCAGAGAGCGAGCAGACCGACACCAGAGACCUUGACAA